AUGUCGGAAAAGGGGCAAAAAAGGGCGACUCAAGACGGUAGUGUCCCCUCACUCCUAGAUCUUACAACGGAAAACAUCACACCCAACACGAUUCGGAUCAAUUCGCAAGGAAAUAAUGCGCGGGUCACAUAUCUUGCGUCGCGGCUCGUAACACAUCUGCACGACUUUGCUCGAGAAACGAGGCUGAGCACGGAAGAGUGGAUGGCCGCAUUGAACUUCCUGGUUAGAUGUGGGCAGAUCAGCAGCGAUGUCCGACAUGAGUUCAUCUUGCUCUCCGACGUCCUGGGUCUCUCCAUGUUAGUCGACAGCAUCAACCACCCCAAGCCGGCUGCGUCGACGGAAGGAUCCGUCUUGGGCCCCUUCCACACACAUGAUGCACCCACGCUGCCGAACGGCGGCAUCAUGUCAGACGAUGAGUCCGGUGAGCCUUUGCUUGCGAUUUGUACCGUCAAAGACAGGCAUGGCAACCCUAUCGCAGGCGUGAGCAUCGACAUCUGGGAAACAGACAGCUCAGGUCACUAUGACGUGCAGCGACAAGACAGGGAGGCGCCGAGCGAGCGGUGUGUCAUGACCUCUGACGACGAGGGUCGUUUUUGGUUUCGCGGCAUCAAGCCUGUGAGCUACCCUAUCCCACACGACGGGCCCGUGGGCAAGCUGGUCCAGUUACUGGGACGACACUGUUGGAGACCAGCGCACAUGCACUUCAUGUUUGCCAAAGCAGGGUGGGAUCAAUUGACCACGGCUUUGUUCAUCCGCGGUGAUCCUUACGAAUCCUCGGACGCCGUCUUUGGCGUCAAAAAGAGUCUGGUUGUGAGCCUUGACAAGGUGGACGAGGUGACGAGCAGCGAAUUCGAGGUCCAAGAAGGCACAUGGCUUUUGCGGUAUGACUUUGUGCUCGUAUCUGAAGAGGAGACGCUCGCUCUGCGGGAUCAUAAUGCUGUGGCGGCAUUGCGAGAUCUGGGCUUGACGCACUUGAAGUUGGUGGAUCACCUGCCGGUUCCUGAACUCGAUUAG